AUGCCACUAUCCACCACCUCCCUGCCUCCUCCGCCACUAAUCCAUGGAAGGAACUCCAAGACUUUCUCUUCUCCACCUGUGGAUGGUUCACUCACCGUACCCCAAUUGAUUGACUGGCAUGCUGAACACAGCCCUUACCACCCUCUCUUCGUCUUCGAUGAUGGCCCCAACAAAGUUUGGGUAACUUGGUCUAAAACCCGUAUCGCCAUCGAAAGAGCGGCGCGUAUCGUUCGUGCCCUAAAUGUCCCUAGGCAUGGCACUGCUAGCAAGAAUAUUGCUAUCCUCGCAGUGACGGACACCGUCUCUUAUUUCACGUUGUUCCACGGUAUCAUGCGUGCAGGCCCUCGCAAUUCCCCUUCUGUAAUCGCUCAUCUACUCACUAACACUGGCACGACCCAUGUGUUUGCUCUUUGGGCAGCAUCCAAAAAGGCCCUUCCGGGAGGCGGGCAGCCUACGUGUGCCGCGGUUUCCACGCCUUUUUAUGAUAUGCUUUACGAAGAGAAACCGGAAGGGCAUUUAAUUUCCGCACCCGGUGCCGAGCUUAAUACCACCGGAAUGUUGUUACAUUCAUCAGGUUCUACCGCUUUCCCCAAGCCUAUUGCGAUCCUCCACCGUUCGAUGGUCGAAUUUGUCCGGAUCCCAUCUUAUGGUGAAUUUGACCUGUGCUCCAACGUCAUUGGGGCCGCCACUCUACCAAUGUUUCACGCUCUCGGCGCGACGAACUCCAUCCAAAUGAUUGGGUGCGGCGGAAUUUUGCUAGUGUUCAAACCUGAACAGACACCCUCCUUCCCUUCACCCGAGAAGGCAAUCGACAGCAUCAUAAAUACCCCGGUGGACAUUUUGUUCACCAUUCCGAGCUUUUUGGUGGUGUGGAGUCUGAAAAAGGAGUGGAUUGAGUUGUUGAAACGAGCGAGGAUUGUGACUUACUCCGGUGGUCCGCUCAGCAAAGUCGUAGGAGAUAGCCUUGCCGCUUCAGGUGUCUCCAUCUACCCUUCCUACGGAACUACCGAAACCGGGGGGGUGAACACGUACAUGCCUGCAAAAGUUGAUCCUGAAGCAUGGGAGUACUGGCGUUUCUCGAGGCACGUCCAUGUUUCCUUAAACCCACAAGGGGAAGAGGGCAGUGAUACCGUAGAGUUCAGAGCUCUUCGUGGCGCGACGCACACGCCCUCUAGGAUAAACUCUGAAUUCGAUGGAGAGCUGGGCCUUUCGACGAACGAUUUGUUGUUAGAACAUCCAACGAAGAAGGGGUACUACACCGUCUACGGACGUGCAGAUGAUCAGCUCAUGCUGAGCACUGGGGAGAAGACGAAUCCUGGUCCGCUAGAGGCUGUCAUCUCCGGAGACUCGCUUGUUCAAGGCCCAGUGAUGUUUGGUCGCGGGAAACCACACAACGGAAUUAUCAUCACUCCUGCCCCACACCUCUCCCUCGAUAUUAACGAUAAAGAGAAAGUGGCUGCAUAUGUAGAUGCAAUUUGGCCUUCAGUCCAACUAGCAAAUGAACACGCACCAUCGCAUUCGAGAUUAUUCAGGGAGAUGAUCAUUCUUGCCAAACCUGAAAAACCUUUCACCGUCACCGGAAAGGGGUCUAUUCGCAAAUCCGCCGUUAUCAAAGAUUAUGAAGAAGAGAUCGAAGCAGUUUACAAAGUUGUCGAGCAAGGAGCUUCUUCAGAGGCCCGGGUCAAGCCUCCGACCGAAUGGACCAAAGAAAGCAUGCAUACAUUUGUGCGAGAUGUCAUCACCAGCGUAAUGGGGAGCAAUAUUGGGGACAACGAAGAUAUAUUUCAGAAUGGGAGCGACUCUCUUCAGGCGACGUUUAUGCGGAAUUGUAUCGUGACGGCUCUUCGUGACACGAAAGCACAGAACAUUAAAGGGGAGCUCAUCGACACUUCGUUAUUUUCUUCCAGUUUGAUCUAUCAAGCACCUACGAUUAACUUACUCGCUGAAGUUCUCUAUGGGCUUUUCGAUCCUGAGUCAGUUUCAACGGCUGACCUUGCCGAGAACAAGAUCGCGGAGCUCCGAACGUUCGUUGAUCGAUACACGUUGGAUCUACCCAUUCACAAACCAACGGACCCGGCUCCGGGUCAGGGUAGCGAGGUGAUCGUCGUCACCGGAACGACGGUUGGCGAGUAUGUCGACGGUCGCGAAGGUUUAUGGGUUGAACCGGGUCAAUUCGAAAAGGGGGAAGACGCUUCGAAAGAGGCAGGAGGAGAGUUUAAUCGAGAUCCGAGGGCGGUGCUGGGGUCGGGCAGGGUAGAGCUUUACGAGAUCAACCCAACUGCUUGGGAUCUUGGGUUGGACAGUUAUGCGUAUGAGAUUAUUCGGCAUACUACGACCACCAUUAUUCAUACAGCCUGGAGUGUGGAUUUCAAUCUUGCCGUUUCUUCGUUCGAGCCUCUCUUUCAAGGUCUUCGAAACCUCGUUGACCUCUCUCUCUUUCAUCCUAUCCUCUUUGCGUCCUCCGUCUCUGUGCUUGGCACGCUCACUUCUGACGCUCCCGCCGCGGAAGUACACGUCAAUGACCCCCGCACCGUAUUGAACGCCGGUGGUUAUGGGGAGUCCAAAUGGGUUGCAGAACAGAUUCUUGCUCGUGUAGCACAGAAGACACCGCUCAAACCGGUCGUCGUGCGCGUUGGACAGCUUAGCGGAGGAAAGAAUGGCUCGUGGAAUACAUCGGAGUGGAUCCCCGCUAUUGUCAAAUCGGGUGAAGUCGUGAAAGCUCUUCCUGCCGUUAAUGAUAGAGUAUCGUGGCUCCCGAUGAGCGCUGCUGCUUCGGCUUUCAUUGAUUUCCGCAACACUACGAGCGGUCUAGUUCAUCUUUCGCAUCCUUUCCCUACAACUUGGACUGAGAUCUUCUCCCCUAAUGCUCUUCGCGUGCCCCUCGUUCCUUAUUCCCAGUGGCUUGAACUUCUUGAGAAGGAUCUUGCCGAUCCGUCGCGCUCCGAAGUUCAAGCUGCGACUGCCAACCCGGCUCUACGUCUUAUCGGUAUGUUCCGUCCUUUUAAGGAUGGUAUGCCCGUCACCAAGGCACGGGAGGCUAUGGGCGUACCUGUACUUUCUAACGUUAAAGCUGUGAAGGAUAGCCCUGCGCUUCGGCGGGAGAACUUGAGGAAUCUUGGUAAGGAGGAUGCUUUGGGUUGGUUGAGGUAUUGGAGGGAGAAGGGAUUCGUUACGAGUGAAUUGCACUUUGAGGAGGAUGGUGCACCACGAGUGGCAGAGAAAGUGCCCAUCCAUCUAGCAACUGAGCAGGUAACGCCAAUAGCCGAGUGUAGUCUCCAUGGAUAG